UGUAUUGUGUCCAAAAUGAUCGCUGCAGCUUUAUGUUACGGUCUUAUCCCAACGCUCGUGAUGACUUCCUCUGUUCAUCCGUCAGAAACGAGAAGCAAUAGUCCACGUCGACGACAGCAACAUCAAAAGUCAAACUCGGGAACGACAAUGGCCGUGCACUACAGUUUAUGUCUGGUCACUUCCCGAUCUCAAGAGCUUUUGGCCUGGCUGGAUGCGAAAGAGCGUUGGGCAAAUCACAGACGCGAAAUGGCCAUUGUGAAUACAGAAAUACGAAACACUAGGGAAGCCAAGCAAGACACAUAUACCAAUGACACAGAUCUUAUGUGCAUGGAAUAGCUGACUCUGAUCCAUCGUGAACUCGCGAAGCCCCUCACUGCAACCCAGUCUCACAGUCAAGCCAACGCUACUCCUCUCACUCGCGCACGCCAUCAUAGUCGGCUGAUUUCCGGAUUCUGGCGACGGACCAAAGGAUUAGGUCCUCCGUCUCUCUGAAGAUCUUGCGUAAUAGAAACUGUAAAGCCCGAGCUGAGAAAGUCGUCACCUCUGCUGGUGCCUUCUCUACGUGUAUAAAAGGUAUCAGACACCUCGAUCAGAGAAGCCACCACUUCCCACUAUCUCAUUCUACAAUUCAAACAAAAUGUCCACCAAGACCUCCGAUAUCUUCACCAUCCGCGCCGCCCCCGGCACCGACAUCUGGCGUAAACCACCCACAACCAACAUCUACAAUGCACCAACCGCCAUCCCCCCCUCCACCCGCUCCACCGGCCCUCUAACCUCCUUCCUCUCCGUCCGCGCCUCCUUCUCUUUCCCCUGGCGCGAGCGCUACGACCAAGCAGGGAUCCUCCUCGCCUUUCGUCCUCGCCACCCGUCUUCUUCUUCUUCUUUAACUCCCUCUGCUGCUUCGGAGUCCGAGAGGAAGAACGAGGUCCCGCCCAAAUGGAUCAAAACCGGCAUCGAAUUCUACCAGUCCCAACCGCAACUGAGCACAGUAGCCACGGAUAAUUGGGCUGAUUGGAGCGUUACUCCUCUCCUUUCCUCUUCUUCUUCCUCUUCUCCAGGAGCAGAGACAGAGCAGUGGACGACCAUCUUGGUGGAACAGUCGAGCGACGAGCAUGGAAAGAGUAUUUGGGUUUAUAGGCUUGUGGUGGAUGAGAAAACGGGAGAGGAAAAGAGCAGGACGGCGUUGAGGGAGAUUUGCUGGGUUUAUGGCCUGGCGAACCCAGGGGUGGAGGAGUGGGAUUUGGAGGUGGUGGCUAUGGCGGCGAGACCGGAGAAGGAGGUUAAGGAUGGGGACGAGAAGGAGUUGGUGGUGAAGGUUAAGGGGUGGGAGGUCAAGUGGGCUGAGGAAUAGGACGGUUGAGGUUGACCCAAAGUGGAUGUCACUGUCAGUCACUUCUCGUUUGGCGAACAGCGAUAGAAAAAA